AUGAGCGUCCGCGUGGCGCGGGCCCUGGGGGCCUGGGGCUGGGGCGCGGGCGGCCGCCGCGGCGCCUCGGGCUUCCGGCCGCCGCCGCCGGGCGCCGUGGACGUGGCCGAGCUGCUGCGAGAUGCGACCGCGGCGGCGGAGGAGGGGCCCCGGGAGCCCGCGGCGCGGCGGCCGCCCGGCCAGUGCUCCGUGCUGCUCUUCCCGGGCCAGGGCAGCCAGGAGGUGGGCAUGGGCCGCGGGCUGCUGCGCUACCCGCGCGUCCGCGAGCUCUACGCCGCCGCGCGCCGCGUGCUGGGCUACGACCUGCUGGAGCUGAGCCUGCGCGGCCCGCAGGCGGCGCUGGACCGCACGGCGCACUGCCAGCCCGCCGUCUUCGUGGCCUCGCUGGCCGCCGUGGAGAAGCUGCAGCACCUGCAGCCCGCGGUCAUUGAGAGCUGCGUCGCCGCGGCCGGCUUCAGCGUGGGAGAGUUCGCAGCCCUGGUGUUUGCCGGAGCCAUGGAAUUCUCGGAAGGUCUGUACGCGGUGAAAAUCCGGGCCGAGGCGAUGCAGGAAGCCUCGGAAGCCGUCCCCAGCGGGAUGCUGUCCGUCCUCGGCCGGCCCCAGACCAAGUUCGCGUCCGCCUGCCUGGAAGCCCGGGAGCACUGCAAGACGCUGGGCAUAGAGGACCCCGUGUGUGAGGUGGCCAACUACCUCUUCCCGGACUGCAGGGUGAUCUCGGGACACCUGGAGGCGCUGCAGUUCCUCCAGAAGAACUCCUCCAGGUUCCACUUCCGACGCACCAAGAUGCUGCCGGUCAGCGGGGCCUUCCACACCCGCCUCAUGGAGCCCGCGGUGGAGCCCCUGGCGCAGGUCCUCGAGGCCAUCGACGUCAAGAUGCCGCUGGUCUCCGUGCACGCCAACGUCAGCGGGAGCCGGUACCGCCACCCCAAGCACAUCCGGCAGCUGCUGGUGGAGCAGGUGGUCUCCCCGGUGAAGUGGGAGCAGACGAUGCACGCCUUGUACGAGAGGAAGAGAGGCUCCGACUUCCCCCGGACCUUCGAGGUGGGGCCCGGGAGGCAGCUGGGCGCCAUCCUGCGGAGCUGCAACCUGCAGGCCUGGAAGUCCUACAGCCACGUGGGCGUGCUCGAGGCCGACGAGGCCGCAGAGGCCACGGACCAGGGCCAGUAG